AUGUUCAGAACUCUUUCUUUCCUCCCUUGUAUUUUGGCGGUCGCCUUGGCCAGCCCCUCGGCCUCCGAUGAUUGCUAUGAACCAUUCCCAUAUGGCAAUUUCCCUACUGGUAUGCCUCGUCCGACUGGAUUGCCUUCAGGUUGGCCUCCUGCUCCAUUCCCAGGAGCUCCCUACGGAGCACCCUUUCCAACAUUCAACAUCAGCUCUGUGGUUGUCGGUCCUACUGGAACUGGAGCAUCGUCUGCGUUCGUCCCGUCAUCGUCAGGUGAAGGCAGAAGCGGUUCACUUUCGAGCUCUAGCGGCACUGCUUUCGUCCCCUCCUCAUCUGACGAGGGCAGAAGUGGCACUGCUUCUCCCACUUCCAUGGUCUCGAGCUCGGCAUUCUUCCCAAACACCACAGAAUCAGUCACCACCAUCUACUCUGAGACUACCGCAGUUACGACUGUUGUCAGCACCGUCUAUCUGACUGCACCAAGCCCUGUGUCAGCCUCCAACAUGACAUCCUCUGCUUCAUCCACAUUCUCGUCCAGCGCCAAUGUGACUACCAUCUCUUCGUUCGUGACUGGCACGGUCAUCGUGACGACCACUUUGACGCCUUCAUCCUCUCCAGAUUCACCUGUGACAGCUGUCAACAGCACUUUGUUACCUGGAACUGCAGUCUCCCCCUCGAUGGUCACUGGUGGGGCUUCCAUGACCGGCAACGGAACAUCUUCAGCUGUUUCCUUCACCUGGUCUCCCUACGUCCCAUAUAUUCCUGGUACUGGAGUCUACGGCGGCUACACGCCCUCAAGCUCGCCUGACUCGCCCGUCACAGCAUCUGUAACCAACUCGACUUCAGCUUCUGCUAGCCCUACUCACGUCACCAUCCACCUCAACUCCUCGAUCACUCUGACGCUGGUUACCACUCAGACUAUUCCGUUGACCACUGGAUCUGCCUCAAAUGUCACUUCCUCAAGCGCUUCCUCUGUAUCAUACACUUCCGGCGGUCGUAACGGUACCCUCAUCCCCUCCAGCGGCACGGCGAUCUCGACCAUGAGCCCAUCUUCCUCGCCCAUCAGCCCUCCAACGGCCACAAACUCCUCCAUUUCAUUCACUGGUGGCAACCGUAGCGGCACCGGUGCUCCAUCCAGAAGCAUGUCUUUCCCUACUGCUCCCUCCUCGCACAUGUCUUCUUUCGUCACUAGCGUCGUCAGCUCCAGCGCAGGAAGCUCAGAGGCUAGUGCGAUCACUGGCUCGCCCUCUUCCACUCCUCCUACUUACCCCACUGCGCCUUGGUACGGUUCUUGGGGAUAUGGCUAUGGCGGCGGCUACGGGGGCGGCUACGGAGGAUACCGUGGUGGCUACAAGAGAGAUGGCAAGGCUUAG